AUGUCGUCCGCCUUUAGCCUGAAAGCAAUAAAGCAGAAGCUCACCAGGAAUCUCAACUGCCUAUUCGGCCUCAUUGCAGAAGCUGAGGAGUAUCACACUCAAUGGCAGUUCCCUACAGUUCUCAAAGGUCUACAACAGUUCCUCACAACAAAACCAAUCAUCGUUCAGGAACUGUGUGAAAAGUUGGAAACACAAAAGGAAUCUGCUUGGAAAAUUGGAAGGAUUUUGAUCAAUAUUUGCAGCACGUUGGUCUGA